CCCACCACCUUCCUUCUCUGGCUCUCAUGGCAAUAGAGAGGCCAUGAAAGGAGCAGUUGUCGUUGCAACUUUGAUGGUUAGUCCUUUCAAGUACUUCACAAUAGCCUUUUCGACUAUGGUCCAUAUGUGGCACCACAAACUGUAUAGAGCCAACCUUACUUGCCCAUGACACAAUCAGCAUAUCUUUGUUUGGAAGAGUUCUGUUAUAUCCAGCUUCCUCUGCCCUUUUUUCAGGUUCAUCAGCUACCAUGUCUAUAUUCCAUUUAAUAAUUUUCAUUUGGGUUCUUUUGUCAAUAAGCUACCUUGUCCUUCUUACUUCUGCCUCAUGGUGCCCACACUUUGUUCAACAAACGAGUAGACAGUUCGAGCAGAAAACAGAUCGGUUCUGGGAGUUUCGAGAGCAAUCCAACAGCUGGGUUGAAGUGAAACCUCCUGUUGAUCUUGUAUCUUGUGUUAAUGAUAACUGCACGAAAGUGGGCUUGAUUGAUCAAACAAAAAAAACCAGAGAAGAGGACUUACAAAAAGAAAAAAAUCCUUCUAAACAAAAGAAGCAUUUAGAAACGAAGGAUGGUGAUGUAGGAGAAAUCGAGGAGAACUGUUGGACAGUUUUGCCUCUAAGAAAAAGAAUUUCUUUGACUAAAAUGUCAGAAACAUCCAUUUGGGUCACAGGUGAAAGUGGGUCUAUCUAUGAGAGGUUCUGGAAUGGAGUUCAGUGGGUGAUAGCACCACAUGACUUGCACAUGUCAGCAGGUCGUGCAAUCUCUGUUUUGAUAGUUAACCAGACAAUUCUUGCUAUCUCAGAAGAAGGAAAUCUAUAUCAGAUGCAACUUAGUGACAGCUCACAGCCAAUUUGGGUGGAGUUCAAACCUGCAUUCAAUCAAAGUACAAAUAAAGAAGCAGAACAGAAUUCAGCAGUUCAAAUAAAGUCUGGUACUGUUACAAAUGAUGGGCUGAGAGUUUAUUUCUGCACAAAGAAUGGCUUGUUGCUGGAACUGAGUGAGGUUGAGCCUCUAAGGUGGGAGAAUCAUGGCCGACCACCAGGAGCAGAUGUUGCAGCAAUAGCUGAUGUGGUGACCGUUAGGAAAGAAGUAGUAUAUACAAUAAGUUCUACAGGUGAUCUCUAUGAAUAUGAUAAGAGCUCGAGGCCAUCAUGGAAGAAACAUCUACACAGUGAAGAAACAGCAGAGGAUGGUUCUCUGAUACCAUUAAAGGGGUGUACCAUACAUGGCUUUAGUGGAGAUCACUCUGUAUCCUUGUUUCUCCUAACACAGGGGGGUAUGUUGGUAGAGAGACGACUGCAUCAAAGGAAAUGGAAAUGGAUAAGCCAUGGAAGUCCAGAAGCCCAUCACCUCACAUCUAUUACUCCCCCACUGGAAGAUGAGCCAAAAGAAAGAUUCUUGCCAUUGUUUCUCACUACAUCCACUGGAUUGGUUCUUGAGUAUCGAAUACAGAAACAUUCAGGUACAGCUCAAGAGAACCAAAUUUCAGAAGCAUGGCUGAAUCAUAUGCAUCCACCAAACACAAAAGUUGCAAGAGGUAUUGCUGGACUAAAAUUUCAACUUGGCAGGACAAUGUUUGCAUUGGAUGAUGGUAGACUUGCAGAGUUACACAUACCUGGCCUAGGUGGUGAAAAUUCAGGACCAACGCAUCAAUUUAACAUGCGAAAGAAAUCAUCAUCUAAGUAUGUUUGGUCAAUAUUGGAUGCCCCUGAGACAGAAGGAUGGAAUGCAGAGUAUUGUACAGAAGAGCGUGGACCUAUGAAUUGCAUAGCAGGUAUAAAAGAUGAACCAAAUGAUUCAGGAACUACAAGAUUACUGACAAGGAGGAGAAAGGGUAACAAAGCACAACAGGAGUACUUAUCUCUAGGCACAUCCAGGAGUACAUUACUGAAAACAUUAGAAGAAAAUAAUUUCCCAGACAACUGGAUCAACACAAACUUCCGAUUGAGGGUGAUGCACGGAGGUGUAUCAUUCUUUAUAGUAACAGAUGGUGGUUUAAUCUUUGAAUAUCUUUAUACUGAAAGUGUAUGGCUCUGGUUAAGACAUGAUCAUUCAACACCUAUGAAAGGCGCCCUAGGAAACUACAAUGGAAGUUUAUUUUUUGUUGACAUGUAUGGAACCUUGCUUAUCAGAGAAAGGAGCCACAAUGAGCUAGCAUGGAUAAAUUGCACUGCAAUGAGGAAAGGAAGGCAAGUUAUUGGGGGCCCUCCUUGGGAUGGUAUGCCAGGUAAAAAUAUGAAAGUCACAGCAGAAGAUGCACUGUUCUUUGUGAGCAAAAGCGGAAGGCUGCUGCAGUUCACAGUUGCCCUGAGGAAGUUCAAAUGGAAAGAUUGCCGAAACCCUCCAGAAACCAAACUUGCAUGCAUAAUAGAUCAAGAAAUAUUUAGGGAAAAUAUAGUGUUUGUUGUUGGAAGAAAUGGUAGGCUCUACCAGUAUAACAAAGUGACUGAGUUGUGGCAUGAGCAUCACCAAUCUCAGCAUUUGGUUCUGUCCAGGUUGCCAGGAACUGCUAUGAGGCCGUCAUUGUUGUCACUAACAGGCUCACUUUUCAUGCUUUCAGAAGAUGGUGGACUAGUUGAAUAUCACUGGAAUGCAUGGGAUGGUUGGAACUGGGUGGAACACGGCACUCCAUGCAAAGAUGUUACCUUGGUUGGUCCUCCCGGCCCAUGCUUCGAAGGCAAUCAACUGUUUUUGAUUGGUUCAGACGGAAACUUAUACCUAAGGUACAUGGACCAAUUGACAUGGAGAUGGAAAAACUGCGGCUUCCCACAUAAUGGAGACAAAGAUCAAACAGAAACGGGAGCCCAUGAUGCACAGCAAGAAGUUUGUAUCGAUAACGAUUUCACAGCUAGUUUAGGUAACAAUAUGGAGAAUCCAAUUGAUCCCCACAGAAACUGUGACCCGAAGGUUGCUGCUACAAGACCAAUUCCAUUCUCUGAAGAUACAGUUAUCUUUGAGCUAAAAGAUGGCAGAUUGGCGGAAAUUCAAAAUGUUGAAGACACGCAAUGGGUUUGGGUACGGAUCAUCGGCACUCCAACAAGCUUAUGCACAGCAAGUUAUUGGACUGCUUUGGCAGCAUGAAAAUAUAUAAGCUUUUUUUUUCUUCUUCUUCUUUUUUACUCUUGCGAUUAUUACGUAGCAGCACAGAUUAGAACAUAGGUAUAAAUUUGAAUGUAUAUUAAAAAAGCACAAAACUACAAAAUUUUACACAUAUAAAAAAAAUCGUAAUUUUAGAAUUUUUACCUUUUCGGAUGCAAAUCUUUUAUUUCGAUUUUGUGUUUAUUUUCUGUCUCUAUUCCAAAAUCAUAUCAUAUACUCCGAUUGUUAAAAUCAAUAUUCUAUCAUAAUUAUAAAUAUCAUAAAAUAUAUUAUGAUAUUAAUAAAAAAUAAAAUAUUUAAUUAAAUAUUGACCAAUAAAAUAUAUCAUGUUAAUACGAUUGUAUCACAGGAAUAUAUUAUAUAUAUAUAUAUA